GUUGUGGCCAAUAUCGGGAGCUGAGGCUCUAAUACAGCGGUGGGGGUGUAUGGCAGGCAACUUAUACCAAAAAGAAACGAAAAACGUUUAUUUUUGUCACUGAUAAAAGUAGGAACUGUGAAGAGUGGGAAAAACUUUGUAAAAGGCUGUUCUUCUGCAAGCGUAUGAUUGCACUGCCGUAAAGUAGGCCGUCGCCGGCAGUCACUGCACUUAUAUACUUGUAGUCGUGACGCCAUAGUCUCGCGAGAUGAAAUUUGUGCUGUCGGGAUUAUCUGUCAGGCAGGAGCCAAAGAGGUGGAUGUUCAUGGCGUUGCGGGACGUUUAAGCAGCGACCCGGGACUGUUGGUUCUGUUAAGAAAAUCGCGUCUGCCCAACGUAAAGCGCAACUGUUGAGCGUUAUGGAGGAGCAGGAUAUAUGUGCCUACAGGGAGCGACGUCAGCGCAAAAGUCCAGAGGAGGAAGAGGCGCUGGAAAAAGACCACUUCUGGAAGAUCAUCAGUGCCUUUAUAGGCUAUGGAAGUAGCAUUCAUGAGCAAGUGAACCGCACAGAAAGACAAUUUAAGUCCUUGUCAAAAAAUCAACAGAAAUUGCUUCCCCACUUCGUUCCUCACUUGGACAAGAUCCGUGAGUGCAUAAAUCACAAUCAGAAAAUUCUGCAAAUGAUUGUAGAUGAUUGUACCCAUAUGUUUGAAAACAAAGAAUAUGGUGAAAAAGGAUACAGAAAGCCAACUCCUCCUUCAACCUUUGAUAUGGACAAACUUAAAUCUACUAUAAAGCAGUUUGUGAGAGAUUGGAGUGAGGAUGGCAAGUCAGAGAGAGACGCUUGUUACCAGCCUAUAAUCGAUGAAAUUCUUAAGCAUUUUCCAAAAGAUGAGAGUGAUGUCUCCAAUAUAAAUAUCUUAGUGCCUGGUGCAGGGCUUGGUAGGCUGGCAUGGGAAAUAGCUAAGCAUGGGUAUUCUUGCCAAGGGAAUGAAUGGAGUUUCUUCAUGCUGUUUUCCUCAAAUUUUGUGCUCAAUAGAUGUUCUGAAAUUAAUACUUUUAAAAUUUACCCAUGGAUCCAUCAGUUUAGUAACAAUCGUAGAUCAUCAGAUCAAAUAAGACCUGCUUAUUUUCCAGAUGUGAAUCCUCAUGAUCUCCCUCCAAAUGCAAAUUUUUCCAUGACUGCUGGAGACUUUGAGGAAAUUUACACAGACAAAGGUUCUUGGGACUGCAUAGCAACAUGUUUCUUUAUAGACACUGCGCAUAAUGUCCUAGACUAUAUUGACACAAUCUGGAAGAUACUUAAACCAGGAGGCAUAUGGAUAAAUUUAGGCCCCCUUUUAUAUCAUUUUGAAAAUAUGGCAAAUGAACUUUCUAUAGAAUUAAGCUACGAAGAUAUAAAAAAUGUUGCUCUGCAGUAUGGAUUUCACAUAGAGUUUGAAAAAGAAUCGGUGUCUACAACAUACACAGUGAAUAGUUUAUCUAUGAUGAAAUACUUCUAUGAUUGUGUAUUUUUUGUGGCUCGGAAGCCACUGCAUUAAUGGACUCUGCAAACUUUCAAAGAGAAGAAAAUUUAAGAACGAUGUGUCUCAGGGCAAUCAAGAGACACUCUGAACGGUGCCUUUUUAUCUGUAAAUGUGUCUGUGUUCAACAGAAUACUUCAACCAGUGCACAUUGCUUGGCAAGUGUCAGUGCACAAAUACAAAUAAUACAGACUUGAAUUUUAAUUUUAUUCAGCUUUUUUAAGUUAAUAAAAUCUGACUCCUGAAAUAA